AACAAAAUGGAUCUGCCACCAGAUAAGAUGCGGGUUUUGAGGAAUUAUGAACUUUCGAAGAAGUGGGAUCUUGUCUGUGAUCAGCGGAAAAUGUACGCAGUCGCCGAUCCAUCCGUAUAUUUGGAGAAGCUGUCGGUUUAUUUGGAUAAGAAAGCAUCAAAAAAGGUAUUCAUUAUAGAUGCUCAUAAGUUGCCGUGA